AUGGUUGAGAUGGGAUCAUCAAGUUUACUUCAUAUGGGUGAUAUCGUUUCCCUUUAUGCAGAAGGGAACGUUAGUGGGUUUUUAAGUACUUUAGGGUUAGUCGAUGACCGGUGUGUUGUUUGCCCGGAUGCAGGAGAUUUAGCAACACCACCAAAAAAAUUUAGAGAUUGUUUAUUUAAAAUAUGUCCUGCAAAUCGGUAUUCUGCACAAAAACAAUUUUGGAAAGCCGCAAAACAAAGUAUGGGCUCGAAUACAGAUGCAAAUCUCUUAAAACGUUUACAUAUCGUUAACGAUUCUGUUAAAGCUGAAGGUGGCGUUCUGAGAACAAUCGGAGAUAUGGGCGCUGUAAUGUCAUCGUUUGCAUUAGGACCCGUUGGGCGAUCCGUUGUUUCCACUAAUUCUAAUCAGCACAACAAAAACACUCAGUAUUUAAAAGAGUAUCCUUUAGUUAUGGAUACGAAAUUAAAAAUUAUCGAAAUAUUACAGUUUAUUUUGGAUGUAAGACUAGAUUUUCGAAUUAGUUGUUUAUUAAGUAUUUUUAAACAAGAAUUUGAUGAGUCGGAAAAAAAUUCCGGUGACUCGUUACAACUUGGUCAAAAAAAUAUUGAUUUAGAAUUGAUUGGAAGUCAAGCUGAAGGAAUUUUUGGUAGCACCAAAGAAUGCACUGAAUUAGAUCUUGAUGGGCACGGUGGACGAACAUUUUUACGCGUUUUAUUGCACUUAACGAUGCAUGAUUACCCGCAGCUAGUUUCCGGUGCUCUACAUUUAUUAUUUCGCCACUUUAGUCAAAGACAAGAAGUAUUGCAAGCUUUCAGACAAGUACAACUGUUAGUUUCCGAUAGCGAUGUUGAGUCUUACAAACAAAUUAAAGUUGAUUUGGAUGUUCUGCGUCAAUCAGUUGAAAAAUCAGAACUUUGGGUCUAUAAAUCAAAAUGUGUGGAAGAUCACGCGGCAUCUGAAACUAAAAAGAACAAGGAAGAAGAAGAAGAAGUUACUCCAAGAAAAUCACCUCCUGUGCUAAGUUCGAUUGAAAAGAAAGGUUCUGCAAUUAAUUUAGACGUUGGGCCACCUUUACAUCCAGAUCAAGCGGAUGAAUACAAAAAAAUUCAACAAAUUUUGAUUCGUAUGAAUAAAUUAUGCGCUCAAGGGGUUACUGGAACGAUGAAACCAAGAAAACACGAACAACGUCUUCUUAGGAACGUUGGGGUACACACAGUUGUCUUGGAUUUAUUACAAAUCCCUUACGAUGAAAAAGAAGAUGUGAGAAUGAACGAACUAAUGCGACUGGCACACGAAUUUUUACAAAACUUUUGUUUGGGAAACCAACAAAAUCAAGUAUUAUUGUAUAAACAUUUGGAUUUGUUUUUAAACCCCGGGAUCAGAGAAGCUCAAACCGUUUGCUCAAUAUUCCAAGACAACCACACUUUGUGCAAUGAAGUCAACGAAAAAGUCAUACAACAUUUUGUGCAUUGUAUUGAAAGCCAUGGGCGUCACGUGCAAUAUUUAAAAUUUUUACAAACUAUCGUUAAAGCUGAGAAUCAAUUUAUACGAAAGUGUCAAGAUAAAGUUAUGCAAGAGUUGAUAAAUGCCGGUGAAGACGUUUUAGUUUUUUAUAACGAUAAAGCAUCAUUUAAUCAUUUCAUUGAGAUGAUGCGUUCAGAACGUCAUAGCAUGGAUGAAGGAAGUCCUCUUCGUUACCAUGUUGAGCUUGUAAAACUUCUUGCUUGUUGUACAAUGGGCAAAAAUGUGUAUACGGAAAUAAAAUGUCAUAGUUUACUCCCAUUAGAUGAUAUUGUGGCGAUGGUAACUCAUCGAGAUUGUAUUCCAGAGGUGAAAGAAGCCUAUGUGGGUUUUUUAAAUCAUUGUUACAUCGAUACAGAAGUUGAAAUGAAGGAAAUUUACACCUCAAAUCAUAUGUGGAGUUUGUUCGAAAAUUCUUUUCUUGUUGAUAUGGCCGAUAUUGCGACUGCACCUCAUGAUCGCAAACAUCCGGAUAAGGCUUUAGAAAAUUAUGUUACUAAUGGUGUUAUGAAUAUUAUUUCGACGUUUUUUAGUAGUCCAUUUUCUCAUCAAAGCACUACAGUACAGAAACAUCUGCAUGAAGCGAGGGUUUUUUGGAGCGAUUCCGCAAUCGACGACUGCGAUCCUUUUUCGGUAAACGGCCCGUUAAAGUACGCGCCGUUUCCACAAAACACCCGUCAACCAAUUUUUGUGCAACUUUUACAAUCCGCCUUCAGAGUAACCCAAUGCCCUUGGUUAUCAGCGUCUCAAAGAUUCAAUGUUGAAAAUUGUAUACGUACUUUAUCUGAAGUCGCGAAAAAAAGAGGAAUAGCAAUACCAUUAGAUUUAGAAAGUCAAGUGGUAGCAAUGUUUAAUAAAGCAACGAUUUUAUCAAAACAAACCAGUAAAUGGUUACACGCCUCGAAAAGCCCAAAAAUCGAACGUUCUCAAUCGCAAUUAAUGAGAUUAGACCGCAGUAUUAUCGAAGGCUUGCAAGAUAUCGUCUCAUUACUGGAGGAUCAAUUAAAACCGUUGGUCCAAUCUGAGUUGUCUUUGCUGGUCGACGUUUUAUACAGACCAGAAUUAUUGUUUCCACCCGGAACGGAGGCGCGAAAAAAAUGCGAAAGCGGCGGAUUCAUUUGUAGGUUAAUAAAGCACACCGAAAAACUUUUAGAGGAGAAAGAAGAUAAGCUCUGCGUGAAGGUUUUAAAGACGUUGCGCGAAAUGAUGGCUAUUGAUCCUGAUUAUGGCGAAAAGGGUGAAAAAGUUAUUAAAAAUGAAGCGGGUGAAGUAUUACGUAAUAGUUUAUUAGCACGUUAUUUCGGAAAAUCCUUUAUUUUAAAACACGAAACCUUCGAUAUUAACACUUUUAAAUAUUCAACAUCAAUGCACGGUCCUGGAGCAAAAAUACUAAGUAGAGCCGGUCGUACUUUACACGAAGUACAAACUCACCUUGAUAAAGAGGGCGCGUCAAAUCUCGUGGUUGAAUUAGUUAUAAAAUCAGUGCAUUCUCCUUCGAUAUUUGAGGAGGCGAUUUUGUUAGGGAUUGCGCUUUUAGAAGGGGGUAAUCCGAUUAUACAAAAAAGCAUGUAUAAAAAAUUAUUACGCGGCGAAUUUAGUCAAUCGUUCUUUAAAGUGUUUUAUGAAAAAAUGAGGGAUGCCCAACAAGAAAUUAAAUCAACGGUAACCGUAAACACCUCCGAUAUGACGGUAAAAGCUCACGAUGAUAAACAAGACACUAAAGAAUCCGAUAAAUUAAACAGAAAAUACCCAAAUAAAACGAACGGUAUUUCAAUAAGCGACGAUUUAAGGGAGCAAUUAAAUAGGGCUGCUGAAUCAACGGGGAUGAGUUACGCUCAUGUUAGAAACAUAACAGCGGGAGACGAAAACGGGGCUGUUCCAACCGGGGCUAUAUCAACAUUCGAAGAUUUAUUAGCAGAAAAAUUAGAGCGACACCGAGAACAAGACGACCAAAACGUCUUAUCAACUAAAGUACUUAUAAUGCAACCAAUUUUAAGAUUUUUACAACUACUUUGCGAAAACCACAAUUCAUCACUACAAAACCUCUUAAGAAACCAAAAUAAUAAAACUCAUUACAACUUAGUAUCCGAAACUCUCCUAUUUCUCGAUUGUAUUUGUGGUUCAACAACCGGUGGUUUAGGACUUUUAGGUCUUUACAUAAACGAAAAUAACGUUGCUUUAAUAAACCAAACGUUAGAAACGCUCACGGAAUAUUGCCAAGGGCCAUGUCAUGAAAACCAAAAUUGUAUAGCAACGCAAGAAUCGAACGGCCUCGAUAUUAUAACCGCUCUCAUUUUAAAUGAUAUUAACCCUUUAGGAAAAUCUCGAAUGGAUCUUAUUUUAGAGUUGAAAAAUAACGCCUCAAAAUUGUUACUUGCCAUCAUGGAAAGUCGUGGAGAUACUGAAAACGCCGAAAGAAUAUUGUUUAACAUGAACCCAAAACAACUCGUCGAUGUCGCUUGUAAAGCAUUCCAUCAAGAAGCUUUAGAUGACGAUGACGACGAUGAUAACGGAAGCGAUAACGGAGUUUCACCUCGCGAUGUCGGACAUAACAUUUACAUAUUAUUUUAUCAACUAGCCCAACAUAACAAAGAUUUAGCGGCUCUUUUAAAACCGACAGAUCCGGCUACGGACCAAAAAACGGCGGACGCGUUGAGAUUUUAUGAAAAACGUACAGCUCAAAUAGAAAUUGUCCGACAAGAUCGUACAUUGGAGCGUAUCGUUUUUCCUAUUCCUGAAAUUUGCGAGUACAUUACAGAAGACACCAAAGGUAAAGUACUUAAUACCGUCGAAAAAGACGAUCAAGGUUCGAAAGUUUGCGAAUUUUUCGAACGAACCGAUUCGAUGUUUAACGAAAUGAAAUGGCAGAAAAAACUUAGGGGACAAUCGAUUUUGUAUUGGGUCAGCAAUUACAUGUCACUUUGGAGUAAUAUAUUAUUUAAUUGUGCCGUACUUAUCAAUUUAAUUAUGGCUUUGUUUUAUCCUUUUGAUAAUCCAUUACCAGAAUUAGGAUCAACAAUGUCGGGUAUAAUUUGGAUAACAAUGGUGACAGCAGCGGGUAUAGUAUUUAAGCUACCUCGUGAGCCGGGUAUUAGGACAUUAGUCGCAUCUACAAUUCUACGGCUUAUAUUUUCGCUCGGCCCAGAAUCAACGUUGAUAGUUCUUGGUACUUUAACGGUGCUUCUCAAAGGUAUUCAUUUAUUUAGCAUCAUGGGAAAUCAUGGGACGCACACUAAACCUGUUCAUAAGAUCGUCACCGAUGCUGAACUUUUAUAUCAUAUGGGUUACCUUAUAUUUUGUAUAUUAGGAAUCGUUAUAAAUCCAUUCUUUUAUUCUGUUUUGUUAUUCGAUGUUGUUUAUCGCGAAGAAACUCUUCUCAACGUAAUCCGUUCCGUAACAAGAAACGGACGUUCCAUCGUUUUAACGGCCGUUUUAGCGUUAAUACUCGUCUACAUGUUCUCAAUAAUCGGUUACAUGUUUUUCAAGGACGAUUUCUUACUCAACGUCGACGAAGAUCCUGUUAGUAAUUCAACGGAUGGGGAGAAAGGUGAAACGAAAGAGAGAGCUUGCGAUUCAUUGAGAAUGUGCAUCUUGACCACUCUUAACCAAGGGUUGAGAAAUGGAGGUGGAAUCGGGGAUAUAUUGCGUGCUCGGAGCAGCACGGAAGCGCUUUUUGUAGCCCGGGUUAUUUACGAUCUCCUUUUCUAUUUUAUCGUCAUCAUUAUAGUACUUAAUCUUAUUUUUGGUGUCAUCAUCGAUACAUUCGCCGAUUUAAGAUCGGAAAAACAACAAAAGGAACUUACAUUAAAAAAUACGUGCUUUAUUUGCGGAUUAAAUCGUUCUGCAUUUGAUAAUAAAACUGUAAGUUUUGAACAACAUAUCAAAGGUGAACACAAUAUGUGGCAUUACCUUCACUUCAUAGUAUUGAUAAAAGUGAAAGAUCCGACGGAAUUUACGGGUCCAGAAAGUUAUGUAUCAUCGAUGGUAAAAGCAUCGAAUUUGGAAUGGUUUCCACGAAAACGUGCAAUGUCUUUGGCUUCGGUGGAAGGGGAUGGCGAGCAAAUUGAAUUGCGCAGUCUUCAGCAACAACUAGAAACGACGCAAGUGUUGGUGCAAACUUUAUCGCAACAAUUGAUGGAGUUAAAAGACCAAAUGGCGGAACAACGGAAGCAAAAGCAAAGGAUUGGGUUGUUGAAUUCUGCGUCGGCAUUGUUUCAAACGCCAAAUAUAUCGUAGGUUAUUAGUAGAUGUAUCUAGAGUAUCUAGAAUAUGGAAUUCUAUGAUGAUGGAGUUGUUGUUGUAGUUCUCAGUAAAACUUAAAUGAAUCUCUUUAUCUUAAAAAAUUCUUUUUAUAAGAAUACUCAAAAAAAACUCUUGGCGUUGUACUAAAAGAAGAUAAAAACAAAUCGAUCUUAAAAAUAUCUCAUUUUUUGCUUUUUAAGAAAACUUUUUCAAAAAAAGACAAACUUAUUUCUAGAUUUAUGUUGUGAAAUAGGAAAAAAACACAUUUUGAAACCGUUUACUAAUCGUACUUUUUAUUACCAAUUGUUAAAUACUUUCAUAGUCUUUAAAAUGUACUUUAACAAUCCAAAUUGUAUUGUUUUUUUUUAUUGUUACAGUUAUGUACAAUGGUUAAUACACUAGGUUAAUGGUUGUAUAUUUGAAUUUAUUGUAAAUGUUUAUUUGAAUUUGUUAAACAAUUUGAUGUAUUGGAAAUGUAGCAAUUUCACUAUUAUA